AUGCGGAAGAAGGUGGACAGCCGCAUCCGCACCCUGGUGGAGAACUGCGUCAAGACGGGCCAGCGCUCGCUGUUUGUCAUCGUGGGGGACAAGGGGCGCGACCAGGUGGUCAACCUGCACUACAUGCUGAGCAAGACGGUGGUCAAGGCGCGGCCCUCGGUGCUGUGGUGCUACAAGAAGGAGCUGCACCUGUCCUCCCACAAGAAGAAGCGCAUGGCGCAGAUCAAGAAGAUGGCGCAGCGCGGCCUGCUGGACCCCGAAAAGGAGGACCCCUUCUCCCUCUUUGUCGCCUCCACCUCCAUCCGCUACUGCUACUACGCAGACACGCACAAGAUACUGGGCAACACGUACGGCAUGCUGGUGCUGCAGGAUUUUGAGGCGGUGACGCCCAACCUGCUGGCCCGCACGGUGGAGACGGUGGAGGGCGGCGGCGUGGUGGUGCUGCUGCUGUCCACCCUCGACUCCCUCUCCCAGCUCUACUCGCUCACAAUGGACGUCCACGCCCGCCUGCGCACAGAGAGCCACCAGAACGUGACGGGCCGCUUCAACGAGCGCCUGGUGCUCAGCCUGGCCUCCUGCCCCUCCUGCAUCCUCAUGGACGACGAGCUCAACAUACUGCCCACAUCCAGCCACAAGACGCUGCGCGCGACGGUGGCGCUGACGGCGGCGCGCGGCCGCGGCAAGUCGGCGGCGCUGGGGCUGGCGGUGGCGGGGGCGCUGGCGCUGGGAUACUCCAACAUAUUUGUGACGGCGCCCUCCCCCGAAAACCUGCGCACGCUGUUCGAGUUUGUGUUCAAGGGGCUGGACGAGCUGGAGUACAAGGAGCACAUUGACUACGACCUGGUGGAAAGCACCAACCCGUCCUUUGGGCGGGCGGUGGUGCGGGUCAACGUGUACCGCACCCACCGCCAGACCGUGCAGUACAUCCAGCCCCAGCACCACGCCCGCCUGGCCCAGGCCGAGCUGCUGGUCAUCGACGAGGCCGCCGCCAUCCCGCUGCCGCUGGUCAAGGCCAUGCUGGGACCCUACCUCGUCUUCCUCUGCUCCACGGUGAACGGGUACGAGGGCACCGGGCGCAGCCUGAGCCUGAAGCUGAUCCAGCAGCUGCGCCAGCAGGGCGCCAAGCUGGCCAGCGGGGAUGGCAGGAAGGGCGGCGGCGGCGGCGGCGGCGGCGACGCGACGGCCGCGGGGGGUAGCAUGCGCACUUUCAGAGAGGUGGUGCUUGGGGAGCCCAUCAGGUACUCCCUGGGCGACAAGGUGGAGCGCUGGCUCAACGAGCUGCUGUGCCUGGAUGCCGCAGAGCACACCCCCGCACCCCCCGCCCGCCUGCCACACCCAGACGAGUGUGAGCUGUACUACGUGGAGCGGGACACCCUCUUCUCGUACCACAAGGCCAGCGAGACCUUCCUGCAGCGCAUGAUGGCUCUCUACGUCGCCUCGCACUACAAGAACACGCCCAACGACCUCAUACUGAUGAGCGACGCGCCCGCCCACCACCUGUUUGUGCUGCUGGGCCCCAACGCGCUACCCGACGUGCUGGCGGUGGUGCAGGUGGCGCUGGAGGGGUCCAUCUCGCAGCGCAGCGCGCGCGCCUCGCUGGCGGCGGGCCAGCUGCCGCAGGGCGACCUCAUCCCCUGGACCGUGGGACAGCAGUUCCAGGACUCCGAGUUCCCGGCGCUGUCGGGGGCGCGCGUGGUGCGCAUCGCGGUGCACCCAGAGGUGCCGCGCGCAGGGUACGGCACGCGCGCGGUGGACCAGCUGCGGCGGUACUACGAGGGACAGAUUGCCGACGUGAUGUCGGAGGAUGAGGCGGCGGCGGGCGGCGGCGGCGGCGCCCCCGCAGGCCACCGCUCCUCCAACGGGCCCACGGCAGCGGCAGCGCAGGGCGCCGGCGGCGGCCUUCUUUCCGAGGAGCUCAAGCCGCGGGCGGGCCUGCCGCCGCUGCUGGUCAACCUGUCGGACCGCCCCGCGGAGCGCCUGCACUACCUGGGCACGUCCUUUGGGCUGACGCAGCAGCUGUACAGCUUCUGGCGGCGCUCCGCCUUCCGCCCAGUCUACCUGCGCCAGACACCCAGCGACGUGACGGGCGAGCACACCGUCAUCAUGCUGCGCCCGCUGCGAUCUGCUGACGUGGCGGACACCGCCUGGCUGGACCCCUUUGUCGCCGACUUCCGCGCCCGCUUCAUGACGCUGCUGGCAGGUGCCUUCCGCGACUUUCCUCCCGCCCUGGUGCUGUCCAUGCUGGACCCCAAGCUGAGCUGGAGCGAGGCGGAGAGCGGCGCGGCGGUGGCGGGCGGCGUGGUGGUGCGCAAGCCAGACGGCGCGGGGCUGUCGCCGUACGACCUCAAGCGCCUGCAGGCGUACAGCAACAACCUGGUGGACCACCACCUCAUCCUGGACCUGCUGCCGCCGCUGGCGCACGCCUACUUUGGCGGCCGCCUGCCCGCGCCGCUGUCGUACAGCCAGGCCGCCAUCCUGGCCUGUGUGGGCCUGCAGCAGCAUGAGAUCGGAAAGCUGGAGGAGUGGUUGGGCCUGCCCCCCAGCCAGGCGCUGGCGCUGUUCAAUAAAGCGGUGCGCCGCCUGCACGGCCUGCUGCGCGCGGCGCAGGAGGCGGAGGUGGAGCGCAGCCUGCCCAGGCCCGCGGCGCGGGGCGGCGGCGGCGGCGCUGACCUGGCGCCGCACGACGCCGACCUGGACGCUGAGGUGGAGGAGGCGGCGGAGGAGAUCAAGGCUGCCAUGCGGGAGGAGUUCCGGCCCGAGGACCUGGCCCGCUUUGCCAUCGCGGCAGACGCCGACUUUGAGGGGGCAGUUGGCGGCGGCGGCGCCGCGCUCAAGCCCGGCGGCAUCGUGGCGGUCAAGGCGGCGGGCGAGGCGCGGAAGCGGGAGAAGGGAGGGGGCCAGCAGCGGCAGGCUCAGCGGCAGCAGGGCGGCGGGCGGGAGGCGCGGGAGGGGAGGAAGCAUAAGGGCGGCAGCGGCGGCGGCGAGGGCAGCAAGGCGAAGAAGAAGGCGCGGCACUCCGGCGUACGGUCUGGUGGCUUAGGAAGCCACAAUGUGCUAUUGGGUCGCCGCCGUCGUGCUUCGCGGAACAGUUUGAGUGCAGUUUCAAACUUUCGGUUGGCGACAUUUUCUUCCCGCUGGAAAGUCACGAGUCAUUUCGUCGCCACCAUGGCCCCAGCUGAAUCCAAGCUGCGAGUGGACGCACCCGCCUUCUGCCCGCGCAGCAACCCCAUCGACGUGCCCAGCUCCUCGGCGGGUGAUCAGGACACGCAUGGCCUCCCAGAAGACCCCUGGGCCCUGUCCAGCGAGAUGAGCGUCAGCCCCGCAGAACUGGAGGAGCUGGAGGAGGUCGAGGGCUGGGUCAGCUUGAUGGCCGAGCUGGAGGGCAUGGAGCAGGACCACCUGAUUGAGCUGAGCCUGCGCCACGCCGACAAGGGCAAGAUCGCCCAGAUCAAGGCGGCCGCCAUGGCGCACAAGAACAAGCACAAGCUGCACGCCAAGCACGCCCACCACGCCGCCAUGGCGCAAAAGGCCUGAGCGCCCGCCCGCCCGCCGCGUGGCGUCUCACCGUGCUCGUCCACCAAGCCGCAGCAGGCUUGCACACUUGAAAAAACACUUGAGCGGGUGGGCGUCGCCCCCGUCGCCGUGCGGCGGCGGCGCGCCCGCCUGCAGCAGCAGUACCAACAGCAGCCCCCAUUCUGUGCCAUUCUUUCAUUGUACCGCCAGCUGGUGAGGACGCAGUGGCAGGGUGCUGCGCCCGGGGCAUGGCGCUUUGGGGCUGCCCCCCUCCCUGCGCCGCCGCCGCACCCUGCUGCCGCCGCUCGCUGCCAUUUCCCCAGAGAUCACCUUUUUGUGCGCCCCGUCCACGAUAGUGAACACACACACGCCCGCUACCACACAGCCCAAAGCGUUUUUUUUAAUUGCAGCCGCCCUGUACCCCCCAUGCAUGCCGCUCUGUGACUCCCCCUUACAUGCAGCUCUACUCUCCGGCAUGCACGCCUCUGCCCCUAACCUUUCCUACCAAAACGCUUCCGCCUCUUCCGCUCGCUCCCCGACCUCCCCGGGCCCCGGUGUUCCCUGCCCCCCCGUGUGUCACAUCUCGAAAAAAAGCAAAAAUUGUCCGUCCUCCUACCUACCCUCCCUUCAUUCUGGUGUAUUGCUUUUUAAAAACUGGCAGUGAGCGCACAUGUCCUCUCCAGCACUUUGCUUUUGUAAAUCGCAUUAUUCCUCCAUUCAGGGUGCCUCGGAGCCCGCUGCUCUCCCUCCGCUCAGCUACUGCUGGCGGGCUGAGUGGCUGUUGUUCGGGUUGCCUUCCGCAUGCUGCUGGUGGCCAACACCUUCCUCGCUGCUUUGUCGGACGAUGUGCCGGCUCCAGCAGGAGCAAAGGUCUUUCCAGGCCCUCCCCCAAGUGCAUCCGGCGGCAAGGGACCGCCCUCCUGUUCACACUGCAAACCUGUUGGUGUCUGCGGCUGUCUGCGAAGGCCAUGCUAAAACUCGACGAC